GAGCUACAUAGAGAUGGAGAAGAGAUUCAAGGUGUACAUUUACAACGAAGGAGAGCCACCCCUGGUUCAUGGAGGACCUGAAGCAAACAUCUACGCCAUUGAAGGGCACUUCAUAAGCGAAAUGGAGGACAGAAGAAAUCCUUUCAGGGCUCGCCACCCAACCGAAGCUCACGUCUUCCUUCUCCCCUUCAGCGUGGUGUACAUGGUGGAAUAUGUCUACAAGCCAAGACCACAAGAUAAUUGGGAUCCUCUCAAAAGAUUAAUAGCUGAUUACAUCAAUGUGAUUUCGGACAAGUAUCCUUACUGGAAUCGCAGUCAUGGAGCAGAUCAUUUCAUGGUUUCUUGCCAUGAUUGGGCACCGCACCUAUCCGUGGCGAACCCAGAUCUACACCGCAAUUCCAUCCGAGCCAUUUGUAACGCCAACACAUCAGAAGGAUUCAUGCUAGCCAAGGAUGUCACCCUGCCGGAAGUCCACCUUCCCGACGGCGGCCUCUCGUCGCCGGUGAGGCAGCAGGCUUCCACUGGCGGACGAACGUUGCUCGCCUUCUUCGCCGGCGGGGCCCAUGGCUACAUAAGGGACGCCUUACUCCGCCAUUGGAUGGGUACAGAUUCUCAAGUCCUGGUUUAUGAGUAUCUUCCGGAGGGAAUAAAUUAUGAAGAGAUGAUGAGCAAGGCCAGGUUCUGCUUAUGCCCAAGCGGAUUUGAAGUGGCGAGUCCGAGAAUCGUUGAGGCCAUCUUUAACGGCUGUGUGCCGGUGAUUAUCUCCGUUGAUUACCCGCCGCCAUUCGGCGACGUGCUGGACUGGAGCGAGUUCUCGAUGGAGAUACCCGUGGGGAGAAUACCGGAGAUCAAGGAUAUACUGGGGAGCGUAUCGCCGGCGAGGUAUUCGAUGCUGCAGAGGAAUGUGGUGGAGGUGCAGCGCCUGAACCGACCGGCCAAGAGAUUUGAUGUGUUUAAUAUGAUUAUGCACUCGAUAUGGCUGAGGAGGAUUAAUUUGAGGCUUAAUUAUUGAUGUAAUUGCAAUUAAUCAAAUAUUGAAUCAUAUUGGUUUCUAAGCUG